AUGUCUGCCCCAAACGUUGACAAGCCAAAUGAAGGCAUCGUCGGCCAGAUUGGUAACUCUCUCAAGAACGCCGGAAACUACGUCGCUGAGACCGUUCAAGGCAAGACUGCCGAAGCUUCCAAGGAGGCCAACAAGGAACAAGCCAAGGGCAACGUUGCCGGAAAGGACUCCCUCACUGACCGUGCCUCUGGUGCUUUCGGAGCUGCUUCCGAUAAGCUCGAUCAAACCAAGCAUGAUGCCUCGGCUCGUGCUAAUAAAGAGGGCAUAUAA